GACACAGAAUGGGGAACGGAGAAAUGAAAUGGAAAAUAGGUGUGAUGCUGAACAAGAGGUAGUAAACAGAAAAGAGGAGCUACACGGAGGAGAUCGGGAAGUCGUUAAACAGAGAGGGGGUGGGGCAGGCCGGUAGGGACGGAGACCCCCCUCUGGAGGCGGAAAGAGGCAGGACCACUUCCGGCCAGGCGGUGCGGGGGUAACAAGCUCAGACCUGAGGAGAGGCUUGGAGAGAGCAGACGUCCUCUGGACUCACGAGGGCGAGGCUCAGCUAUUACAGUCUCUCAGGAAGAUGGAUAGAAGAAAUGACUAUGGUUUUCGGGUGCCCACAUUCCAGGGCCCUCUGCCUCCCCCUGGGAGCCUAGGGCUUCCUUUCUCUCCAGAUGUACAGACUGAGAACACAGAGAAGGACAGUGUCCUGCUGAUGCAUACCCUGUUGUCAGCAUCCAAGGACCCACCGAUUGCCAGCCGGCCUAAGAAAAGCAAGACCAAGAAGACUUCUAUUAAAGCUAUCACUAAGACCACACCCACUCCCCCUCAGGUUCCAUCUGCCAAUGACAUUGCUAGCAACAAGCCUAAAGUAACUCUGCAGGCUUUAAACCUACCAAUGUUCACCCAGAUCAGCCAGGUUUCUGCUACAACUGAGGCAGCCAAUAUCCAGGCUUCAGUUACUGCUCAAAACAAGAAAGCCAAGACAAAGAGAGUUACUCCCAAGGUAUCCCUAACUGGCACUGAGGAUGUCACUACACAGCUCAAGUCACCUUUACAGGCCCUAAACCUGCCAGUUACCUCACCAACUAUCCAGUCUCCAGUUGCCAAUGAGUCAGCUAAUUCCCUGGCCUUGAUAGCUGUCAGCAAACCCAAGAAAGCUUCUAAGGCAAAGAAGGCUGCCAAUAAGACCAUACCUAGUCCCACUGAGAUCUCACUGGCUUCGACUACCACCCACACAGCCACUACCCAAGGCCAAAUUGCCAAGGAGACAGCUAGUAUCCAGUCCUCAGCAGCCACUAUCCGAACCAAGAAAAUUUCCAAAGCUAAGAGGACAACUGCUAAGCCCAUGAAUGCUGACACUGAGUAUGGAGAGCCCUCAAAUGCUAUUGAGGGAGUUAGCAGACAGAUUGAGGCUUCAACUGUAGUUCUAAGGCCCAAAAAGCCCAAGGGUAAGAAGGUUGCCAAUAAAGGCCCAAAUUCUGCUUCUGAGCUCUCCGAGGCUCCACCUGCCCUUCAAAUGGUCCCAAACCAUGCCCUAUCAGUGACUGUACGGAUCAGGAGAGGGUCUAGGGCUCGAAAGGCUGCCACUAAGACUCGGGCAACUGAAAGCCAGGCUCAAAUCAAUGAACAAGGAGCUCAGGCCAAGAUGGCUACCUCUCAGGCCAGCAUAAGUGCCCUUGAGACUCAGGUUGCUGCUGCUGUUCAGGCCUUGGCAGAUGACUACCUGGCUCAGUUGAGUUUGGAGCCCACAACCAGAACCCGGGGCAAGAGGAACCGGAAGUCUAAGCAUCCCAAUGGAGAAGAAAGAACUGGGGGCAAUUUCAGGCGGAUCCCAUGGGGCCGGAGGCCUCCACCACCCCGAGAUGUGGCCAUUUUGCAGGAAAGGGCAAAUAAAUUGGUGAAAUAUCUGUUGGUUAAGGACCAGACAAAGAUCCCCAUCAAGCGUUCAGACAUGCUGAAGGAUGUCAUCCAAGAAUAUGAUGAGUAUUUUCCAGAGAUCAUUGAACGAGCAAGCUAUGCUCUGGAGAAGAUGUUUCGAGUCAACCUGAAGGAAAUUGAUAAGCAAAGUAGCUUGUAUAUUCUUAUCAGCACUCAGGAGUCCUCUGCAGGCAUACUGGGAACGACCAAGGACACACCCAAGCUGGGUCUCCUCAUGGUGAUUCUGAGUGUCAUCUUCAUGAAUGGCAACAAGGCCAGUGAGGCUGUCAUCUGGGAGGUGCUGCGCAAGCUGGGGCUGCGUCCUGGGGUAAGACAUUCACUCUUUGGAGAAGUGAGGAAACUCAUCACAGAUGAAUUCGUGAAGCAGAAGUAUCUGGAAUACAAGAGGGUCCCCAACAGCAGACCACCUGAAUAUGAAUUCUUCUGGGGCCUGCGGUCUUACCACGAGACUAGCAAGAUGAAAGUCCUGAAAUUUGCAUGCAAGGUACAGAAGAAAGAUCCUAAAGACUGGGCUGCUCAGUACCGGGAGGCAGUAGAGAUGGAUGUUCAGGCUGCGGCUGUGGCUGUGGCUGAGGCUGAGGCCAGGGCUGAGGCAAGAGCCCAAAUGGGAAUUGGAGAGGAAGCUGUGGCUGGGCCCUGGAAUUGGGAUGACAUGGAUAUUGACUGCUUAACAAGGGAAGAGUUGGGUGAUGAUACUCAAGCCUGGAGCAGAUUUUCCUUUGAAAUUGAUUCCAGAGCCCAAGAAAAUGCAGAUCCUACCAACAAUGUCAACUUCAACCAAGGAGCUAGUACUAGAAAUAGCUUCAGUGAUGGUGCUAGUAUUAGCUUUGGUGGCAUGCCCAACCCCAGUGGUGGCUUUGGUGGCAUACCCAACCCCAGUGGUGGCUUUGGUGGCAUACCCAAUUCUAAUGGUGGCUUUGGUGGCAUACCCAAUUCUAAUGGUGGCUUUGGUGGCAUACCCAACUCUAAUGGUGGCUUUGGUGGCAUACCCAACCCCAAUGGUGGCUUUGGUGGCAGAAAUGGCAUUACCUUUGGUAGUGUACCCAAUACCUCUGCCAACUUCAGCAGUGCAGCAAGCAUUAGCUUUGGAGCCACAUCCAUCACUAGCACUAGUUUCAGUGGUGGAGCCAGCAUUAGCUUCAGUGGUACACCCAGUACUAGUGCCACUUUCUGUGACACAGCAAGCAUUAGCUUUGGUGGUGCAUCUAGCACCAGCACUAGCUUCAGCAGUGGAGCCAGCAUUAGCUUUGGUGGUGCGCCCAGCACCAGCACUAGCUUCAGCAGCACCGCCAGCAUUAGCUUUGGUGGUGCGCCCAGCACCAGCACUAGCUUCAGCAGCACCGCCAGCAUUAGCUUUGGUGGUGCGCCCAGCAUUAGCACUAGCUUCAGUGGUGGAUCCAGCAUUAGCUUUGGUGGUUCUCCUACCACCAGUACCAGUUUCAGUGGUGGAGCCAGCUGUGGCUUUGGAGGCACACUUAGUAGUACAGCUGGCUUUGGUGGUGCACUCAGCACAAGCACCAGCUUUGGCAGUGCACCUACUACAAGCACUGUCUUCAGUGGUGCAGUUAGUACCACUACUGGCUUUGGAGGCACACUUAGCACCAGUGUCUGCUUUGGUAGCUCCCCCUGCUCUGGUGUCGGCUUUGGAGGCACACUCAGUACCAGUAUCUGCUUUGGUAGUUCUCCUAGCACCAAUACUGGUUUUGGUGGUACACUCAGCACCAGUGUUUCCUUUGGUGCUUCUUCUAGCACCAGCUCUGACUUUGGUGGCACAUUAAGCACUAGCGUCAGCUUUGGUGGCUCUUCUGGCACCAGUGCUGGCUUUGGCGGUACACUCAACAGCAGUACCAGCUUUGGUGGUGCCAUCAGCACCAGUGCUGGCUUUGGCAAUGCACUCAACAGCAGUGCCAGCUUUGGUGGUGCCAUAAGUACUGGCUUUGGUGGUGUACUCAAUAGCAGCGCCAGCUUUGGCGGUGCCAUCAACACCAGCACCGGCUUUGGCAGUGCACUCAACAGCAGUGCCAGCUUUGGUGGUGCCAUUAGCACCAGUUCUGGCUUUGGCAGUGCACUCAGUACCAGUGCCAGCUUUGGUAGUGUACUCAAUGGCAGUUCUGGCUUUGGCGGUGCCAUCAGCACCAGUGCCAGCUUUGGUAAUGCACUUAAUAGUAAUGCUGAUUUUGGCAGUGCCAUCAGCACCAGUGCCAGCUUUAGUGGUGCACUCAGUGGCAGUACUGGCUUUGGCAGUGCUAUCAGUACCAGUGCCAGCUUUGAUGGUGCACUUAGUAACAGUGCUGGCUUUGGCAGUGCCAUCAGUACCAGUGCCAGCUUUGGUGGUGCACUCAGUAACAGUGCUGGCUUUGGUGGUGCUAUCAGUACCAGUGCCAGCUUUGAUAGUGCGCUCAGUAACAGUGCUGGCUUUGGCGGUGCCAUCAGUACCAGUGCCAGCUUUGGUGGUGCUCUUAGUAACGGUGCUGGCUUUGGCAGUGCUAUCAGUACCAGUGCCAGCUUUGGUGGGGCACUCAAUAACAGUGCUGGUUUUGGUAGUGCCAUCAGCACCAGUGCCAGCUUUGGUGGUGCAAUCAGCACCAACCCUGACUUUGGUGGUGCAUUCAGUACCAGUGUUGGCUUUGGUGGGGCACUUAGUACCACUGACUUUGGUAGUACCCAUAGCAACAGCAUUAGCUUUGGUAGUGCUCCCACUACCAGUGUCAGCUUUGGUGGUUCUCAAAGUACUAACCUCUGUUUUGGUGGAGCACCUAGCACCAGUCUCUGUUUUGGCAGUGCAUCUAACACCAACCUAUGCUUUGGAGGCUCUUCCAGCACCAACUCCUGCUUUAGUGGUGCUACCAGUGCCAAUUACAGUGAGGGCCACAGCACCAGUGCCAUUUUCAGUUUUGGGAAUGGGCUAAGUACUAGUGCUGGCUUUGGAAAUGGAUUGGGCACCAGUGCUGGCUUUGGCAGCAGCCUAGGUACCAGCACUGGCUUUGGUGGAAGCUUAGGCCCCAGUGCUAGCUUCAAUGGUUGCCUGGGCACCAGCACUGGGUUUGGUGGUGGAUUAGGCACCAGCAAUGAUUUUGGUGGUGGACUAAGUCCUAAUGCUGACUUCAGUGGGGGACUGGGUACCAGUGCUGGCUUCAAUGGUGGACUAAACACUAGCACUGGUUUUGGUGGUGGACUGGGCACUAGUGCUGGUUUUGGUGAUGGACUUGGCAGCAACACUGGCUUUGGUGGUAGACUGGUCACUAAUGAUGGCUUUGCUGGUGACCUGAGUACCAGUAAUGGUUUUGGCGGCACACUUGGCACUGGUGCAGGCUUUAGUGUAAGCCUCAGCACUGGCGAUGGCUUUGGCAGUGGGCCUAAUGCCAGCUUCGACAGAGGACUGAAUACCGUCAUUGGCUUUGGCAGUGAUUCCAACACCAGCAGUGGCUUUACUGGUGAAACCAGCACCGGCUCCAGCUUCAGUAAUGGACCCAGUUCUAUUGUUGGCUUUAGUGGUGGACCAAGCACUGGUGCUGGCUUCUGCAAUGCACCAAGCACUGGUGGCUUUGGUGGUGGACCAAGUACAGGAACUGGCUUUGGUGGACCAAGCACUGGAGGUGGCUUCGGAGGACCAAGCACUGCUGCUGGCUUUGGUGGUGGACUGAGCACCAGUACUGGCUUCGGUGGUGGUGGACUGAGCAGCAGUGCUGGCUUCGGUGGUGGACUGAACACCAGUGCUGGAUUCAGCGGUGGACCAAGCACCGGUACUGGCUUUGGUGGCGGAGCCACUAACCUCGGUGCCUGUGGCUUCUCUUACGGCUAGUGAAGUUUCAGGUUUGUUGCGUUUGUUACCCAUGUUUACAGGUAACACUAACGCAGCAGUACUUCCCAUGGAGCCAAUGUGCAGCUUUGGAAUCUUUGUCUACACAGCAGCCUAACCAGCUACAACCCAUUAGCUGAGUGAAACACUAAGAAAAACCUGCUGUUCCUGCUUUGUGUUUGCUUCUUGUGUUGUUGUCAUAUUUUGGUAUCAG